AUGUUACAUACAACAGAAGUCAAUGAUGGCUAUGAAUGGGGUCGAUUAAACUUGCAAUCAGUAACAGCUGAGUCUUCACUACAAGAGUUUCUUUCAACAGCAGAACUGGCCCAAAGGGAGUUCAUUGCCGAAAAACUUAAUGUUAAAUAUGUAAAGUCAGCCCCCUCUGCAGUAGAAGUUGUUACUUCACAACCAAAUUUCGAUGAACCAUUAACAGUGCCAAGAAGGCCAUUAUGGCAGCAUGGCAUAACAGCUGAAGAACAAUUGGGCCGUGAAAGAGAUGCAUUUUUAGACUGGAGGAGACAUCUCAAUGAACUUCAAGAGAAACUUGGUGCUGCCGUUACCCCAUAUGAAAGAAAUUUAGAAUUGUGGAAGCAACUAUGGAGAACACUGGAGAAGUCGGAUAUUGUUUUGUUACUCCUGGAUGCAAGAAAUCCUUUACUUUUUAGGUGCACAGAUUUGGAGAAGUAUGCAGCUGAACAAAACUGCAAAUGUAUCCUUUUAUUAAAUAAGGCUGAUCUAACCACUGAAUAUGUAAGGAAGUGUUGGGCGGAAUACUUUGAUAAGGAGAACAUUUUCAUUAUAUUUUUCUCCGCUGCAAAAGUAUCAAAGGAAAGAAAAAUUUCAGAAGGAUCUGACACUAAACCACAUAAACAAAGUUUAAGCGAUGACAGUAACAACACUGAGUCUGAAUCAUCUGAUGCUGAAGAAAUCGCCAAUGAGGAUGUGGGAGAAAAAGAUUCCUUGAAGAAUACCCAGGAAGACAUAGAAAUGUUCAAAAAGCAACUAGGCGUCAUUGACAAAGCCGUUUCUGAUACAGCUGAAAAGAUAGAUAAAAUACAAGAAACACUUGACAGAGUUUUAGAAAAUCUGAAAUUAGGUAAACCUGUUGAACAGUUGUUGAGCGAGGAGAAGAAAUCUGAUGAUAUUGGAACAAAGGAAACCAUCACCAAUGAAAUUGAAGAUACUCAAAGGAAGAAUUCCCAUGAGAUUUUCGGCAGAGAAAAGUUGCUGGAAGUGCUAAAACAGAUAUCUAUAGAAAGAUUAAAAAAUCCUCCAAGAUUGACAGUGGGUAUGAUUGGCUACCCUAAUGUGGGAAAAUCAAGUACUGUUAAUGUCUUAAUGCAGACUAAGAAGGUAAGCGUGAGUUCCAUGCCCGGGCACACCCGACACAUCCAGUCGUUGAUUCUCGACGACGACAUAGAAUUGUUGGACUGUCCGGGUUUGGUGUUGCCAGCGUACGCCGUUGCCCCGGACUUACUCUUGACCGCGGUGUUGCCAAUUGAUCAGAUGCGUUCGCAUGACGCUGCCAUGGCGCGCCUCUGCGAGCUGGUGGGGCGGCGCACCUUCGAGGAGAAGUACGGACUGCUUCUGCCGCAAUACGAUGAAAGCGACGGCACCGAAUACAAGAAGAUACUCACGGCACACGCCUUCAACCGCGGCUUCAUGUCGGCGGCGGGGCAGCCGGACGUGAGCCGGUCGGCGCGGCUGCUGCUCAAGGACGCGGCGGGCGGGCGCCUCCGCUGGGCGCGGACGCCGCCGGGGCUCGAGCCGCGGGCGCCCUCGCCGCCGCCCGACGCGCACGGCGACGGCGCCAGGAGGCCGACGCCGCGCGAGACCAGGCUGGUCGAGGGCUGGCGGAACACGUCUACCGAGAUCGACUCUGCGUUCUUCGCUAUGAAGAAGAGUACGGCGCACGUGAAAGGGAAACCGGUAUUGGGAGUGGCGAGCCCGCAGUCAGCCGAUAAGCCGGUCCUGGGCAAGCCCUGGAAACAGGAGAAGAGGCACGCGAACAAAAACAAAAGGGAGAAGCUGAGAAGAGUUUACGCGCAUUUGGACGAACAC